UUCAGUGACCAAUUGAAUACAACCAACCUGUCAGAAGAAAUUACGGACUGGUCUGCAACAAAUGAAGAUACUGAAAACCAGGAUCCAAAUGAAAGCACAGAUGUGGCUGAAGAACCUGCCGAGCCUGAAGAAGAGGAACCCAAGGAAAUGACAUUAGACGAAUGGAAGGCCAUGCAGAAUAAACAAAGAGUGAAAUCUGAAUUUAACUUGAGACGACCGGGAGAAGGUGUUGAUGAUGCCCAAUGGAACAAGACCUAUGUACUCAGUAAGAAACCGGCUGAACAUGAGGAAAGUGAAGAGGAGGAGGAAAGUGAUGAGGAGGAUCGCCAUGGACGCAAGCAGCAUGUUGUACCGAUUGAGAUCACAUUUAGUGACAACCCAAGACGUGGUGGUGGACGCCGGGGAGUUGCUCGUGGUGGUGGGCGAGGGCGUGGAGAGGGUGGAUUUGGAGGAAGGGGGCGCGGUGAAGGUGGAUUUGGAAGAGGAGAGGGUGGCUUUGGUAGACCUGAUAGUGGUGGAUUCGGCAGAGGGGAAGGCAGUUUUGGAAGAGGAGGAGACCGUGGUGGAUUUGGUGGCAGAGGCCGCGAAGGUGGAUUUGGGCGUGGAGGUAGAGGUGGCCGUGGUGCACGUGAUGGCUUCCGUGGAGGUCCAAGAGGCAGGAAGGAAGCUGCUCCAAAGUUCGAUGAUGAGAAUGAUUUCCCUGCAUUGACUGCAAAGGGGUCGUAACUCUUAAUGGGGAAGUGCACAACGCACACAUUUUGGUGUGAAGACUUUCACACAGGGUCGUCUUGAACUGUGGACGAGGGCAGGUGACCUACAACACAUUGUAGACCGACUUGUUUUUGAUUUGUGUAUUAUUGACAUGCCACUUCCACUAUAAGACAUUGAUGUAUGGACUUAACUAUGUCAUCCAAGUAUGGAAGUGGGUUUGUACAAUUCAUUCAUGGUAAGCUGUACAGAACUGGAUAAGCAGUUGUAUAUUAAAGAGAUUUAUCAGGCUUAUAUAGGGAUUUCAACGGGAACUAUUGUUAAUGUUUAUUUAUUGUAAACAUCAUUUGCGCCAAUAUAAAGGAUCUCGGAAUCCUUUUUUUGAGUAUCACAAGCUCGAAUGCCUAUGGCACUACUGUUAUUGCAUGUAGUAAUGCAGGACAUUGUGAAUUUGAGAUAAGGGUGCUUUCUCAAAUCUUAUCAUUUUAUUUUCUUUUUUUUCUACGAGGUAGAUACUCCAUUAAUAUCGUAUAUGACCUUAUGAUCCAACUGCUGUACAGCUAAAUUGUCAAUAUACAAAGGUCUUAAAUAGUUGAUAGUGUGACAAAUUUAUUGUAUCAGUCUUAUUUGUUUGUUAUAAAUUGCAAAAGAAAAAAAUAUUAAAAUAAAAAGAUGUACCCCUUAACAAUUUUUGUUGGAUGUUUGAUUUUUGGAU